CCACACCAUCAAACAAAACAAAACCCACAGCCUUCGAGAAUUGGUUCGAAUCCCAGAGCGGCGGAGAGAGAGAGAGAGAGAGAGAGAGCGGCGGAGAGAAAAGCAUGGGGCUACCGGUGAAGGCUUUUCCGUUCACUGUGGUGAGUCAUGUACUGGCAAUCGUGGCGCUGAUUCUUGUCCUGGUUUGGGCCGUUCACUUCAGAGGCGGCCUGGCUUGGGAGGCCGUCAAUAAGAACCUUAUCUUCAACAUUCAUCCGGUUCUUAUGCUACUCGGGUUGAUCAUCAUAGGAGGGGAAGCAAUAAUUAGUUAUAAAUCACUACCAUUGAGAAAAGAAGUAAAAAAGGUGAUCCAUUUGGUGCUACACGGCGUCGCUUUGGCACUGGGCAUCGUGGGAAUCUGGGCAGCAUUCAAAAACCAUAAUGAAAGCGGGAUCCCUAAUCUUUACAGCUUGCAUUCCUGGAUUGGAAUUGGCGUAAUUGCCCUGUAUGGUGUCCAGUGGGUGUACGGACUGGUGACAUUCUUCUACCCUGGCGGGUCGGCGGAUCUCCGAAGAGCAUCACUUCCAUGGCAUGUGGUUGUGGGUAUCAGUGUGUACAUAUUGGCUGUGGGGAACUCGGCGCUGGGGUUCUUAGAGAAGCUGACGUUUCUGGAGAGCGGGGGGGUGGACAAAUACGGGAGUGAGGCGUUUCUUGUGAACUUCACUGCUAUUAUCACUAUAGUAUUUGGAGCCUCUGUGCUUUUGAGUGUUGCUUCACACCACUCCGUUCAAGAACACGACGCUGAUGCCUAUACUGCUAUAUGAAAUCUCAUGUUUCUCUCUUCUUCAUUUGCUUCUUUCAUUGGUGUCUAGUGUGUUCUUUUCUCUUUCAUAUGCUUGUUUGUAUGUUUAGUAGACUUGAUAAUGUGUUUCACUGUUCAUCUGAAAUUGAAGUAAAUGUUUUAAUUAAUUAAUGUUUGAAGGGGUUUGUGAAUAA